AUGUACAGACAGAUUAAAGUCCAUUCUGAGGACCAGAAGUUUCACUAUAUCCUAUGGCAUACUCGUCCAGAUCAACCACCCUCUACCUUCAGACUUACCACAGUAACCUAUGGAGUCAAUUGCUCACCGUACCUCGCAAUCAGGACUUUGCACCAACUUGCCAAUGAUGAAGGCGACUCGUUCCCUGAAGCGGCAGAGAUUCUUCGAACACAAACCUUCGUUGACGAUGUGAUUUCUGGUGGAGAUUCCGAAGAAGAAGCUUUAAGACUCCAGAGACAACUCAUCGCCCUAUUAGCACGUGGAGGCUUUGAGCUAAGGAAAUGGACUUCCAACUCCAGUCGACUUCUUCUAGAUCUUCCAGAUGGUCAUCGAGAGACUCCGGUGUUCCUUCAAGAUAGUUCACAGCCUCAUCACACCAUUUUAGGCAUUCACUGGUCUCCAGUUACUGACUGUUUUACAUACAAUUUUAAUUUUUCCGCAAGCGCAACUACAAAGCGUCAGGUGCUCAGUGUGAUUGCACAAAUAUAUGACCCCUGUGGUUUCCUCUCCCCAAUUGUGAUGUGGGCAAAACGUUUUAUGCAGCUCUUGUGGACCAAAGGAUUGGAUUGGGAUCAAACACUUCCCGCUGCCCUACUCGAAAUAUGGCAAAGUUUCACUUCAUCUACAGACAGCCUGCGAGAGAUUUCAAUUCCUCGAGCUUUUCAAGUGUCACGAGCAUGCACUACUGCCUUACAUGGCUUCUCAGAUGCCUCCGAGAAUGGUUAUGCUGCAGUUGUUUACUUGCGCUGUGAACUCAGUGAUGGGACUGUCACAAUCAGACAGAUUAUGUCAAAGACUCGGGUUGCUCCCUUGAAAAAACUUACAAUUCCACGCUUGGAACUAUGCGCCGCCCAUCUUCUUGUCCAGAUAGUAGCCUAUGUGGUUUCUAUUUACAAGAUAAAAUUAAAGAUUUCAUCCAUCAUUCUCUGGUGUGACUCUACUAUCACCCUAACUUGGCUGCAGACACCACCUCAUCGAUUGAAGACCUUUGUUGGGAACAGGGUUGCGCAGGUGCAAGAAUUAGUACCUAAUCAUUGCUGGCGACACAUAUCCAGUGAAUAUAACCCCGCUGACUGCGCGUCACGAGGUAUCCUCCCAUCAGAAUUGUCUAACCACGAACUUUGA